UGAGGUACUGUACUGUACAGCCCAUCACCAGAACAGAACAUUGAACAAUACACACUGCGUAUCCAACGCAGCAACUACUCCCUUCUUUCAUCGGGUAUCUAAGACAGCCAUUCUUCGAAGCAAUGGGCCGCACGACCCGCCCCGCACCUGCGCAUACCAAGCAGGGCCAGCCUCAACAUCACCCGCAGAAUCGCCAGCAACAGCACGCCCAGCCUCGGGGCCUGCGGACUGCUCAUGGCCAUCCACCGACUCAUCAUGGCGCAAGCGCACGCCAGCAUCCGGCAGCGCAUCCACCCCCAGCUCACCCUAAUCCAGCAGCGCACCCACAUCCGGUAGCUCACCAACCUCACCGCGCUCCACAGCACCACCCCGUCGCUCACCACCCCGCACCACACCCUCAACACAGUCCCCACCCCGCCCACCCUGCCCAUCCCUCCCGCACCAGCCACCCGCACAGCAGAGCCCCCGUCAUAGCCGGCGCAGCAGCCGGCGCAGCAGCCGGUCUCGGCGGCGCGGUGAUCUACAACGAAUGGAGCCAAAACAACGAAACGAUCGAGCUACGAGAGACCAACCCCAGCGACCGGGAUUCCGGGCAAUAUGUCCGAGAGGACGGGGACGAUUGGUCUGGGGACGAUGAUAAUAUCCACGAUGGCGACCGUGGAUAUGUGGACAAUAAUAAUGAUAUGACGUACCCCGGGAAUGACCUUGCGACGACCACCCAGUAUACUGGGUAUCAGGCACCGGAGGCGCCGAGGAUGGAGAAGAGCGAUGACGACGAGGAUUGUUGUGGGGGAUGUGAUGGGUGUUGCGAUGGAUGUUGCGAUGGAUGCUGCGGGGGAUGCUGCGGGGAUAGUCAUAAUAACAAGGAUGAUGAUGGGUGUUGUUGCUGUUAGGGCAUUUGUGAGUUGUGGAUUGAGGGUAUUUGCUGUUGCAUGACAUGUACAGUACAGUACAGGUGAUUAUGUUACUACUGUUUGAUCCAAAAUCUAUGUCUGGAGGUCGA